GGCCAUGCUUGAUUACUGAUUGUCUGUGGUGGGUCUUGCUUCUUGAAAAGUUGUAACAAAUCCCCUUCCCCACUUCCCCAAACUCAUAUUUCUUUAUUAUGUUAAACUUUGACGUUGGAACCUAAAAAGCAGGGAAAGAAACGAAUGGAAAUGAAGAUGUAAAGAAAUGGCGACGGAUGAGAGACAUAUGAGGCUGAUACAAUCAUAUUUGGAGUGUCUAAAGGUCCAGAACACCUUCUUCAGCUUGUCAUGAGAUAACAGUAGCACAUCGUGAUGGCCAAAGAGUGCAGUGGAUCGCCAAAGCAUCAUCAUCUAGAAGCAAAGAGGAAGCGUCUCACUUGGAUUCUAGGGGUUGGUGGCCUCUGUAUAUUGUUUUAUGUGUUGGGGGCUUGGCUGAGUAGUUCUACUCCCACUUCUCAAUCCGAUGUAUACACCAAAGUUGUUUGUGAUAAUAAUGCCAAUACACCAGACAAUGGCAAUGCUGCAGUUAAUCCAUCAUCAACCAACUUGGACUUUGCAAGCCAUCAUCAAGUUGAGCUUGGCAGUUCUAAAACAAUCAGUCAAUUCCCACCAUGUGAUAUGUCAUUCAGCGAGUACACUCCCUGCCAAGAUAAAGUGAGGGGAAGGAAAUUUGAUCGUAACAUGUUGAAAUAUAGGGAGCGGCAUUGUCCCACGAAGGAAGAACUCCUCCUCUGUCUUAUACCUGCUCCACCAAAAUAUAAGACCCCUUUCAAAUGGCCUCAGAGCCGAGAUUAUGCCUGGUAUGACAAUAUCCCUCAUAGAGAACUCAGCAUUGAGAAGGCAAUUCAGAAUUGGAUUCAGGUAGAGGGUGAUCGUUUCAGAUUCCCUGGGGGAGGCACCAUGUUCCCUCGGGGAGCAGAUGCAUAUAUUGAUGACAUUGGCCAGCUCAUUCCCCUUACUGAUGGAACUAUCAGAACAGCAAUUGAUACUGGCUGUGGGGUUGCAAGUUUCGGUGCUUACCUCUUGAAGAGGAAUGUCUUGACAAUGUCUUUUGCUCCAAGAGAUACACACGAAGCACAGGUCCAGUUUGCGCUGGAACGUGGAGUUCCUGCAAUGAUUGGAAUCAUGGGUUCACAGAGGCUUCCGUACCCAGCAAGGGCUUUUGACUUGGCUCAUUGUUCUCGCUGUUUGAUCCCUUGGCAAAAGUAUGAUGGUUUGUAUCUCACCGAAGUGGAUCGGAUUCUAAGGCCUGGUGGUUAUUGGGUUCUCUCUGGUCCUCCUAUUCACUGGAAGAAACACUGGAGAGGCUGGGAAAGGACACAGGAGGAUUUAAAACAAGAGCAAGAUGCUAUUGAAGAUGUUGCCAACCACCUAUGCUGGAAGAAAGUGAUUGAACAGAAUGAUCUAUCAGUUUGGCAAAAGCCCAUCAACCACAUUGCAUGUUUUAAAAGUAAGGUCUUUAAAACACCACAGAUAUGCAAGUCAGAGGAUCCAGACACAGCUUGGUACAAAAUUUUGGAAGCUUGCAUAACCCCACUUCCAGAAGUAAGCAGCUCAGAUGAUGUUGCUGGUGGUGCUAUAGAAAAAUGGCCAGAGCGUGCAUUUGCUGUUCCUCCUAGAAUCAGCAAUGGCUCAAUACGAGGCAUCACUGCUGAGAAAUUUAAGGAGGAUAAUGAAUUGUGGAAGGAAAGAGUGGCACAUUACAAACGAAUUAUUAGUCCCCUACCUACUGGACGAUAUCGCAAUAUUAUGGACAUGAAUGCUUACCUUGGAGGAUUUGCAGCAGCGGUGUUAAAGUAUCCAGUUUGGGUUAUGAAUGUGGUCCCUGCAAAUUCAGAUGAUAACACUUUGGGAGUUAUUUAUGAACGAGGUUUAAUUGGUACGUACCAGGACUGGUGUGAGGCAUUCUCAACAUAUCCAAGAACAUACGAUCUCAUCCAUGCUAGUGGCUUGUUUAGUAUAUAUCAGGACAGGUGUGACAUCACUUACAUCUUGCUGGAGAUGGAUAGGAUUCUGAGGCCAGAAGGGACAGUUAUAUUUAGGGACACAGUGGAGCUGCUUGUGAAGAUUAAGAGUAUAACAGAUGGAAUGAGAUGGAAGAGUCAGAUCGUGGACCAUGAAAGCGGACCCUUCAAUCCUGAGAAAAUUCUUGUUGCUGUCAAAACAUACUGGACGGGUGAAGCAACCCAAAAGUAACGCUAGUAAAGAUUUAUAGCGUAUCCUUUUCUCUUUGCACUUUCUGUCUCAUUUUUAAUCUUGGGAAAUAGUCAAAGUCAUUGAGAUUUCACCUUAGAUCAUUUUUCCUUUUCGAAGAGGAAGGUUAUGUUUAAUUAAAAUGAUUCUGUAUUUUAUUGAUGCACUAUAAAAGUAAGCAUUUUACGCGUCUCUCUGUUACUGUCAUUGUCUUGAUGGUAGUAGGAUUAGCGAAAUAGAAAUGCUCACUGUCUGCAUUAACUGAAGAGCAAGCUCUCGCCUCCACAGUCGUUGAAUUAAUGAUCAUAUUUAUGUAUAUAUUGCAAGAGGAUAUGUUAUGUCACCCUAGGAAUAGAAGAUACACGUCUUCUUCAAAAGCAGGCCUACAAAUGGGGUGCUUUUGAAUUUUCUUUGCAGCACAUUAUUUGGAUCAUCAGGGGCUACUGGUGGUUGAACUUGGAUGUUAGUUACACUUUCCAGUUUCCAUGGUGCACUGUUGGAAAUGUGAUUGUUUUUGUUGCUGAUGAAUUCUUUUUUUUCUUUCUAUCGUUUCUUUUUUGUUGGGCUAUUGAUUAUUGAAUAGUCAUGUAGCUUUCUAAUUGCAGCCGAGUAGAGAAUUGCACGUCUCUCACAAGUCAAAACAAGCCAACAAUGUUGGUCUACCAUUUUUCAUACCUUUUUACAAUUACAUGUGCCAAUAUCAUAGCCUAGCCUACGAAAGGAAAUUAAGAAUAUAACUUUGAUAAGUGUCCAACAAAAUAAUAAUUGCCUGAUUGGCGGACGAGGUAGGAAUCCUUGGUUCGCGUGAGCGACCUUGUAUUGAAUUUGAGAUUGGGGUUUGUUGACAAUGAGAAGAGUGAGGCCAUGGUUUUUUUUUUUUUUGUCAGAUACCUGGGCUUUGGAUCGUUGGAUUAUAUUCAAGUUUCUUGGGUCUGAAGGUGUUUUGUAAAGUUGCCAACCGCAAGAGACCUGGGCAAACUCCUAAAAGAUGGCUAUGGAUCAUCAUCGUCCAUGAUUAGGGGCUAGCAAGGUUCCCAGGAGUUGGAUAGGUCCAGUGUUGUACUUCGGUACAGGUCCGUUAUCGCCCUGUAGAAUUAUGGAAAAAGCUGAUCUAAUGGUUAAGCAAUGUUGCUUGUGGG